CUUCCACUAGCACUAGUAGCACUACCACUUCCAGUAGCACUAGUAGCACUACCACUUCCAGUAGCACUAGUAGCACUACCACUUCCAGUAGCACUAGUAGCACUACCACUUCCAGUAGCAGCACUAGUAGCACUACCACUUCCAGUAGCAGUAGUAGCACUACUACUACUACUACAACCCCUUGUUUUCGAUGUGAGUGGCAACUAUUGCUGGAGCCAAACGGGUGUAGUUUUAUGUGACACCAGUUUUAAUCCUAUUAAAAAUCCUACUAGUGUGAACAUAGGACUUGAUGAUACAGUAUAUUUAGCCGGCCACAGAACUGGUCAAGUGCUAAUGUGUUCCAACAAUACGAUAGUUCCAGCAACACCAGACUACGGUGAUCAUAUCGAUUUUAUUACAAUCGACAAAAACGACUCUCUCUAUACAAAUUGUCACAAUACAUUUUUGGUGCGUCACUUCUCAUCGAGUUCUCCAAAUGGCACGAUCGUUGCUGGAAGUGGCUCAAUUGUUACUGGUACUCUAACUUACCCAGUUGGUACUGCUGUCGACAGUGAUUUCAAUCUCUACAUUGGUGAUCAAAGGAGCAAUCAAGUGAUGAAAUUGGCCCCCAACUCAUCAAGCUUGUCAGUAGUUAUCAGUGCAAGUAGUACUUUUAGCAAACUAUCAGCACUAUUGCUUCCACAUGGCUCAUCCGAUAAGAUAUAUUUGAGUGAUGAGUAUGGUACAAACGUAUAUUUGUGGGAAUUCGGUGCUUCAACGCCGAACACUGCUUACACAAAUGUCGCCACUGGUCCUAGUACACUAAAAUAUCCGCGAGGUAUGAAACUAGAUCCUGAAGGAAAUUUGUAUGUGGCAGACCAACGCAAUUCUCGAAUAGUUAUGUACUGUGUUAAUUCUACACUGGGCAUUGUCGUCGUGAAUACUGAUGAUGAUCCAGUAGAUUUAGCUUUUGAUUCAAGUAUGAAUAUGUACGUUUUGUUAGAUGACGGAAAACUUUUAAAAUACGGCCGAACAUAA